AUGGCACCGGCGCUGACCAUCACUGUCCCCUCGGCAUCGACAGCGACGCCCGCGGACGGCAAGCCGUUUACACAAUACCAUAUCUCGCUGCAGCUGCCUCUGCGCCGCCACGACACCCAGAAGCGGUACAACGACUUCGCUGCGCUACACGAUGCCUUGGUGUCCGAAGUAGGCACACCACCGCCUGUAGCCCUGCCCGCGAAGUCGUGGCUCCGGCGCACCGUCAACAAUGCGAGUCUGACCGAAGAGCGCCGCCGUGGCCUCGAGCAAUACCUGCAAGCCAUUCUCGCCGCCGAAGAUGCCAGAUGGCGCAGCAGCAGCGCCUGGCGCAGUUUCCUCAAUCUUUCUUCCUCUUCUACGACCUCCUCUGGCCGCACGAAAGGAAACACAUUGACCACAAACGCCGGUACUAUUGGACAACCCGCUGCAGACCCCAGCCAUUGGCUCGACCUCCACCGCGAACUGAAAACACAACUCCAAGCUGCUCGCUCGUUGCUCAAACGGCGGGAAAGCGCCUCUACCGCUCAAGCUCAACACACCAUCUCCGCCGAGGCCAAAGCCAGUCUCGUGCGAGCAGCAACAACUAUCGCGCAACUGGACGAUGGACUCCAAGCCAUCUCCGCCGCGAGCAAAGGCGACGAGGGUGGGUGGGGAGGAGCCAAACGGCUCGGCGACGGUGAGAUACGUCGGAGACGAGAUCUGGUAGGCUCUGCGAAGAAGGAAGUCGAAGGACUCGAGGGCGUGUUGAAGAGUAUGGCGACACAAUCGGCCAAAGCAGGUGAGGGCGCUAGCAGCAGUAGUAGUAUGAUGAUGAACACAUCUGCGGCUGCAACAUCACAACAAAAGUCGGAAUUGUGGAAGGGGACUUCGGCAGCUACGGCGAAGCCUAGUGGACGGGUAUUAGGAGGGCCGUUGAAGGAGACGGAACGAACGAGGGAACUGGAUAAUACGGGCGUGCUACAGUUGCAGAAGCAGGUGAUGCAGGAGCAAGAGGAAGAUGUCCUGAGUCUGGGCAAAACAGUCGCCAAGUUGAAGGAUAUGGGAAUCCUCAUUAAUGAGGAGCUAACGGUACAGAAUGAGAUGCUGGGCGUGAUUGAGCAGGACGUGGAGAGGGUACAGAGCAAGAUUGAUAUCGGCAGGAGACGUAUCAAGAAGAUUAGUUGA